AUGGGUAUGUGCACUUUUUGCUGUUGCUCCAUCAUCCUUGUGGCCCUAGUUUUUGCCCUAGGCAUCACUGGGUUUGUGUCCUGGAUCAUAGCUGGCUUUGUUCGUGUUUCUCAUUUGAAACGCAUCAACUACCAAGUGACCGAUGCCUCACUUCUCCAAUUCAACGUGACAGACAAUAACACCACCCUCGAAUACAAUCUAGCCCUCAACAUAACCCUUCAAAACCCUAACGACAGGAUUGGUCUCCACUUUGACCGAAUCGAAGCCAGUGCCAGUUUCAUGAAGCAAACCCUAAAUAAUGUUAGCUUGAGCUCCUCCUCCUACCUAGGGCACAAGAAGACGGUCUUAUUACCGGCAUUGUUCAAGGGGCAGCGACAAGUGGCUCUCGGGGCUGAUGAGGUCUCCAACUUUAAGAAUGCUGGGGAUUUUGAUAUCAUGUUGAACCUGGAUGUUAAGUACUGGGUCAAGUUUCUUGCAUCGAAGGUUAAAAUUAAGCAACCUCAUAUAGCAUGCUCUUUGAAGGUCCCUCUAAACAACGGGAAACCUGCCGAAGGUUUUAAGGUUACGCAAUGCAAAGCUCAAUCAUCGGACAAAUAA